AAGAGACAAAUAUGAAAUGCACCUUUCAUAAAUAAUUCAUAGCCCUAGUUUAUUUACAUGGCAACACAGGGUGCAACAACAUAGGACAACCACAGCAUGGACGCGCAAGAAAGGUGUAAGGUCUAGGCCUCUGCCAGACCAGCUGAUCUGACAGGGAGAUCAGGCAGCAAAGAAGUCAGCUGUGACUGUGAGUGCCAUCUCCAGGAGGUGAGACAGAGUGAUAGAGAGAAAGACAUCUCUAUCAUGGCCGCCAGGCAGAUACCAGCUCAGCCCACUGGGAAAGACUUCCUGAGGUCUUCCAGUGUCUUGGUCGUGAGAGACAAUGACAGCAUCACCUCAGAUCAGCUCUACCUAACCACCUGUCAGAAUGACUUCAGGCUCAACAGCGGCCAGCUUUCCAGAAACGGCCCCAUUGCCAAGCCGGCUUUGGCCCAGGUAGAGCACACGGAUCAGCGCAUCCUGGAGCGUGGCACGGAGACCCUCAGCUCCUUCAAAUGCCCUCCAGGCCCAUUGGCAAUCCACCGCAUACCCGCCUGGACCCGCCUCGGCACCAGCGUGAAGAUGCACGGGGACCCCCAGCUGCCCACCUUCCUCACCAUACAGCAGCAGGGCUUCCUGCCUCCCCAGGUCAGCUCCGCCACCAAGCUGAUCCACCCCAAAGAUGCCAAGCUGUUUAGCGGUGGGCACAAGAGACUGCCGCAGUCCACAUACGAGGAAACGUUUCCUGUCUGCUCGGUGAUGCCCAUGGUCAGAGCUGCAGCCAAGCAUCUCGGAGGAGACCCGACCAUCACAGGGGCCAAGGGGAGGGUGUGCUUUACCACCCACAACAUGGAGGCCUUCCAGGGGGCAUGGUGCCCUCCUCCUGCACCCAUGGAGAGGCAAUUCCGCUCGUCCGUGGCGAUGGGUGACCCAGAAAAGCUGGUUGAGAGGGAAACGAUCCAGACCUCCUCUUUCAGGCACCCCGGGGCCCCGCGGCCACCAGGAGUGAUGGAGCGGCUAAAGGUUAACCUUGGUGACACUGACAACAGAUGGGUGUCGACCACAGCUGAAGCGUAUCAAACAGUGAAACCAGAGCUAAUGAUGCGGAGGCAUCGGACAACCCAGUCCUCCAUGCCCUUGGGUGACAUGGACCCUGCAGCGAACAUGGCCAGACUGAAGACCAGUAAUGAUGGGGCCUUCUCUGAGGAAAACCACAAGGAGCUCCCCAAACACGUCGACGGGUCCCAGCUCAGAACCAGGAGCAACGUGCAGUUUGGUCGACCCAGUUUGGGGAAUAUGUUCUACAGCACCUCCUCCAGGCUGGACUACCCCAGGAAGGACGGAGUCCGACCCCAGCCCCACACACACCCCUCUGGACAAGUGCUCAACGGCCGAGACCCAGUGACCUUGAUCACAACAGUGCAAAGGGACUAUCGUGCCUCCAACGGUAGAAGACAGGAUCUGCCUCCCUCGCAGUUGAAACGGGUUAAAGAGAGCCACAUCGUUCCACCGUGUCAGGAGCAGCACUUCAGCACGAGUCACCAUGAGGAUUUCAUCCCCUUACCCAUGUGCAGGCCGCCUGCCAUCGACCGCCACAGCCAGCUCUACAGCCACAUACCUGUCUAGAAACACAUGCAGCACACGACACAUAGGGACACUAUGCAGACCGAGAGACUACUGCAGACUGAUCUUUCUUAUUGCAGACUAUAAACACUAAUAAAACAUUGCCUUCA